GCAAGACGGUUGGUUUAUAUUUUUCUGCUCAUUGGUGCCCACCAUGCCGAGAAUUCACUCCAAAGCUUAUACAAGUAUACAAUGAGCUCAAGCAAAAUGGGGAAUCCUUUGAGAUUGUUUUCCUCUCUAGUGACAGAAACCAACAAGGUUUUGAAGAAUACUAUGCAAGCAUGCCAUGGUUAGCUCUUCCAUUUGGAGACAAAGUCAAGAAAGAUCUAAGCCAGUACUUUCAAAUCAGAGGAAUUCCAUCUUUUAUCAUAGUUGGCCCUGAUGGAGAAACUGUGACAAAAGAUGGCAGAACGAUUGUUUCUGUCCAUGGGGCCAAGGCUUAUCCCUUUACUGAUGCUUGCGUUGCAGAGCUGCAGAAAGAUAUAGAAGCAGCAGCAAAGAAAUAUCCAAAAGAAACAAAGCAUGAGCUGCACGAACAUUCUCUGCAAUUGACUCGGAGGAAGCCAUACAUGUGUAAUGGGUGUCGGGAUGCUGGGUAUACUUGGUCUUUCUACUGCCAAAAUUGUGAUUUUGACCUUCAUCCAGAUUGUGCUUUGAAGGAUAAGCACUCUGAUGAAAAUGAGAAAAAGGCGGCAGAAGUCAUAUGUGAAGGAGAUGCUUGUCGAAGGGUUUAA